GCUUCAUCCAUUUUGUGUGUCGAACCAACAAUUUUUCGCCUCUGCUAUUGAAGAGAAAUUCGUCUUAUUUCUCAACAACGAGUUCAUUCAACUAGCUGCCGGGUAUAUUUAUAUGUCAGUUAUCUAUUCCCCAGGUGUCCGGCUGUGAGCUGCCAUUGUCAACAUGGCUAGCUCGGACGAGAUGGUUGGUGAUAACAUGAUUCCUCUUGGUGCCGAAACAAUCCAGUCCGGGUCUGUUGACGCAAACAUGCACAGCUAUACCCUAGAUGCUGAGAUGGCCACCACUGUUAACUACGGGCAGCUGAAGCCAAUCAUCAUGACCAUGGCUAACAUGGCCAAUGUCUCCGAAGAAGUGCAGGUGUCAACACAAGAGGCCUUCGAAUCACCAGAACCAGAGCUGUCUGAAAACGUGUUGAGAAGUCAUCUGUUGUCCCAGAAACUACUUAAACAGGGAUAUAAACCACAGAAGCUGAGUGAAGUGUUUGAGGAUAGUGACCAUGGUGUGACCUAUGAGAUAUUGAAGGGUGGAACACGCAGGGGAGGAGACAGACUGAUAGACAGCUUGGGGUUUAUGUACAAUCUCAAGAGAAGUGGAAGCCAGAAGUCGCACUACAGCAAGAAAGAUGUGACAUAUUGGUGGUGUGCUGUAAGAAACAACAAGCUGCGAUGUCCUGCAGUCGUCGUACAGAAGGGCAAGUCGUUCAUGCGGGGGAAGAGAAAACAUGAGCACCUGGUCGGCCAACAUACACCCAAGCCUCACAGACACGGCGUAAAUCAGCCGACAGUGUCAGAACAGAUCACACCUAAGAGGCGUGUGAGCAGCCAGAAGAAGCCGGUGCUUGGGAACCACAGUUACCGAAUUGUCAAGGAAGGCUCUAAGGCUGGCAUGGAUCUUCUUAAAGACAAGUUUGGAUACACUUUCACCCUGAAAAAGAUCUGUAAGGAUGACACAAAGCGUUACUGGAUCUGUUCGGUACGCAACAAGCAUCUGCGAUGUCCUGCCAUGGUGAUACAGCGUGGAAACGAGUUUACAGAGGGCUCAUUAGAACAUAAGCACUUGCCCCAACAGAGAUAUCCAGCGGGCCCUCAUGAUAUCAUUCCAAGGCAUGGCGUACAUGAGGCGUACAGUGAUCUGGAUGAAUAUGAUGACGAGGAAGAGGGGAGUGAGGAUCACAAGUAUAUAGAGAGCUGGGAAAGCUCUGCUCGCAGGAACUCAGAAAAGAAAUAUCUUCUGAACAGGGAACGCAAAAGGAAAGACCACCCUACAUUCCUUGGUCCCAGCUGUACCAUCAACCUGACAAAGUGUGACACACCUAACUGUAAUUGUAAGAUGGUCCACUGUCCGUUCUGUGACCCGAGCCACUUUAUACCUGCCAAGGCAGGACGGGUGCAGGAUCACCUUGAGUUGACCCACUUUGCUCAUGGUGUACAGUAUGAUGAUCUGAUGAUUGUGAAAUGUUUCCAAGAUUGUAAUGUGGAGAGGAACUUCGGCCAUUACCACUGCGUGUUCUGUUACCAGCAGAUCCUCAAGAGGAAUGCGUAUGCCAGACAUAUGCUUCGACACAUGAGGAAACUGGGUAUCCCGGACAGACUGCUGGUACUGCCGGACUCCAAGUAUCCUGAUGUCAUUAAUGCUUAUGGGUUUGAGAUCCCUAUCUGUAAGAAGGCCCAGUGUAGCACUACAAACACCAGGGACAAACAUUACCACUGUCCACAAUGUCAGGUGCUGUGUAAGGAGAGAAGCCUUACAGUAAACCAUCUAUGGAGAUGUCUCCAGCGGAAGUCAGACGCCGAUCCAGCUUCGGAUGAAGAAGAUGUGGCCACUACUUCAAUCAAUGAGGCUCAGCUCAAUCUGCAUUUCUCUCACUUCAAGAGCUUCAGUGACAUUCCCCUAACCAAGUGUGAAAUAGCGGGCUGUUGUAACAACAUGUACCAUUGUCGCCUCUGUCCCAGUACACAGUUUGUCCCCACAUACAGACAACAUCUUGUGGCUCACUAUGUCAUGCACUGGAAACAAAGAGUCCCAUAUAAAGGUUUCAGCAUCCUGAAGUGUUUCCAGGCAUGCGAGGGGCUGGACCGGAGUUUCUGUAAAACUCGGUUUCACUUUCACUGCCCCAUAUGCUGUAAGAUGAUCCUUACCAAGGGAUCAUUUGAGGAUCACCUCCGUGGCUGCCAUCUCUUCAAGUUUGGCGAAAACCUUGUAAAUGAGCUUCUCCUUGAAAAUGCUGCAGACGAUGAUAUAGCUCUUGCUGAAGAGAUGACACAAAUCAACGAGAAUGUGGAAUACAUGGAGCAUGUCGUAACCUCCCAAGCUGUUGCACAGGAGGAGUUGGCACGGAAACGGGUUGGAAAGGCAAAGGCGAGAUGGAAGUCAACAUAUGGUGGGAAGUUUCGACACGGACAGACCAAGACAGAGAGGGAUCUGAAUAAAUUGAUGAAGGUCGUGAAGUCUGAGUUAAACGAGAUGUUGGAGGGUGACUCGGAGGCUGCGACUGGGGAGACUUAUGCUGAUGUCGACCUCACUGAUGAUAUACUGGGGCUCAAUGUCAACGAAGAUGAGAUAUUUGACCUGGGCACGAUGAUAUUUUCGGAGAAGCUAGUGCGAGCCCUGCGGUCAACGGCAGCUGUCAACUCUGUCCUGGGUAAAGUCUCAAAUCUGACCAACACUAAACUUACGGAGGAGGACGGGCGAUACAUGCUGUGUGGCAAGAUUGAUGACAUGCUGGCUGCUAAGGAACUCAUUGUUAAGACAAUUAGAGGAUCAGAAUCAGACUUUGAAGAGGAAACAUCCCCGAUGAAGACAACUACAAGAUCUUCAGGAAAGAAGUCCAAAAUGGUUGGUGAAGAGUUGGACAAUGGAGGUAAAAUAAAAACCCAAAGUAAAACAGAGAAACCCAAAGGAAAAACUAAAGGCAAGAUAGAAGUUGUUGAGAUUAAGAAAGAAAGAGGCAGACCAAAAAAGAAAGGAGACAAAUUUCCAUAUUCAGAAAUAGAAGAAAUAAUUGAAGCUUCGAAGAAGACUGAGAAAGGGAAGAGAGGGCGACCACCCAAAAAGCUUGCAGCUCCAACUCAGAAGAAAAAUACAGAUAAACCUGUCACUAGUACUCCAAUAGCACCCACUGCUACACCAGGAAGGUAUAGUACCAGGGGAAUCAAGAGGAAUUACUUGGAUAUGAGCAUGGGGAAAGUUGAAGUGAAGGAAGAAGUCAUGUCUGAUGAUGAGGUUCAAGAUGAUGAUGAUGAUGAGGAGGAGAAUGAAGAGGUUAUAGAUGAAACUCCUGUGAGAGCUAGAGGUAGGAAAGCUGGUGGAAGGAGGGUUAGGAAACAAGAAAUUGAAGAGGAUGAGUCUUAUGAUCAAGAAGAAGAAAACGAAGAUCAGGAGGAUGAAGAGGGAAGAGAAGGGAUAGAGAGUUUAGAUGACAGUGAACAAGAGGAGAUGGAUCAGACAUCGGAAAAUGAGGAAAGUGCUGAACUGGACAGUGUUGAAGAGUUGGAUAGAACUGCAGAGGAGAAUGGUGAUGAGGAUAACGAAGUUGAUGGAACUCCAAAACAGAAAGAAGUGGUUUUUGAUGCAGAAAAGGGUAAAGAUACUGUGGACAUAGCAAGAGCUAGGGAAAAAAUAACAGAUUCUACAGUGAAAAGUUUGAAAACUUCAAAUGUGACAUCAUCUGUGCCACUGAUUUCUAAAGUUGGAAUACGGCCUGUGAAGGUCGGAAGGAAAAAAGAUAAUGAAGAAUUUGAAGAAGCUCUGAAUAGAAGGAUUGGAAAAGCAGCUGAAAGGGUCACUGGUGACACACUCAUGUGUUCAUUGUGUGAUGAAUAUGUCGCAGAGGUCUUCUCAGACCUGACAAGUCACUUGAAGACUUUCCACCACGUGUAUGAGCCUCCCAGAUGUGAUGUAUGUGAAGUGGACUUUGAUACCAACCAAACCUUAAUGAUGCAUAUUGAGAGAAAACAUGGUCCGAAAUUGCAUAGUGAAAGGUUCAAGUGUACGUUUGAUGAUUGUGGUAAACUUUUUCAAUCCCAACCAGCACUAACGGGCCACAUAAAUAGGGUACAUUUGGAGCAGAAAUCUGGGGCUAGCAAUAAAAUCUACACUUGUGAGAUUUGCCAAUAUGAGACAAUCUCACAGGAGGAACUCUUGGAUCACAAGAAGCUGGAUCAUGAUGCAGAUAUUAAAUGCAAGCCAUGCAGUCUAGUCUUUGACAGUUAUCAAGCUCUGAAGGCCCACACUGAUCAGGUUCAUGAUGGUGAGCUGUUCUGUGACCACUGUGACCAGACGUUCCCUAACCGCCCCGCCCUGCAGAGACACAUGAAACAACACAGCUCUACACACGCAUUCACCUGCCAUAUCUGUGCCAAGGUGCUGUCCACUAAGGCAUCCCUAGAAGACCAUGUGGAAUGUCACAAGCCGGCCUCAGAGCGAACAUACCGCUACUUCUGUGGUUAUUGUGGGAAAGGAUUCCGGAUCAAGUCAAACUACGAAGAUCAUCUUAAUAAACACACUGGAAACCGCCCCUACAAGUGUGACCAGUGUACGAAGAUGUUUGGUUUCCGCUCCAUGUUAAAGAAACACAAGAAGUUUGUACACUCGACAGAACGGCCAUACAAAUGUGGCUACUGCAUGAAGGGUUUCAAGUUCAUGAACCUUCUCAACAACCAUAUGGUUAUACACACAAACACGAGCAAGCACAAGUGCUCGUACUGCCAGAAGGUUUUUUCUGUAAAGUCUUCUCUUAAGUACCACAUGAAGAAGUGUGGCCAAGUCCCAACUACCAUUGUUAUACAGGGUGUACCAGGUAGCACAUCCAUGGCUGGGAGGACACUACCUCCACAACAGCAGCAGCAUCUGCAACAGCCUCAACAGCAGCAGCAGCAAGAAGUGAUGGUGAUACUCAACUCUAAGUCUGGUCUUCCUACAAACAUUGUCUCUGUCCCUGAGUCUGAUAUUCUUUCAAGCGCUCUUGGACUAAGAAUACAGUCUGACCAUUCCCAGGGCCCCUCCAUUGCUAAUGCAAGUGACAUAUUACCAGCAGGGCAGUCAUUGCUAACAAACAAUGUUCUUGCUAUGGGCUCAAAUAAUGUUUCUAUGGCUACUAACACAGUUAUGGAGCCAAAUACAGUUACUAUGGAUGCAAACAAUGUUGCUAUGGAAACAGAAACUGUUGCUAUGGAUACGGGCUCGGUUGCCAUGGGUGACAGUUUAGAUACAGAGGUAGGGAGUUCUGGCCUUGAAGUUGAAGUGUACGCAUGUAGCGAGUGUAACGCGGCCUUUGCCUCGUUUCAGGAGGCAGAGACCCAUGUUCUUACAGCCCACCCUGCUGUACCUUUCAACAAUGCUUGAAAUGAUUGAAAAAGCUGUCUUCACAUAAAACUUGAAAUGAUGUGUACAUUUUGGACAAACUUGAAGUAUUGCAAUUUAAGAAUAUGCUUUAUAUAUAGAGAGAGAGAGAGAUAUAAGUAAAUGUAGUUAUUUAUAUUUUAACUGUGAAAAACACACACUCACUGUCUUUGUGAUAUUUAGCUCCUUGAGAAGAUGAACUCCUAUAGUUAGGACUGGUGUUUAUGAGACUCUAUGGUAACCAAAUAGUCAUCUGUAUUCAUAAAUGUAUUGCUUUAACUUUACUUGAAUGACUGAUGUGAUAAUAAUAAUGAUGAAUGUAUGAUCUUUUUGAGUAAAUAUGUUUAACUGCAGAUGUGAAGCUAUUUAAUUUGUUCUAGUUUAAAUUCAAUGAUAUUAUUGAUUGAAGUAUUAUAGACAGUUGUUAUGAAUGUUGAGAUAUUCUGUAUAAAAUCAAAUACUAAGGAUAUAUUGUAAAUUUCUGUUCAUGUGCAAAGCAAUGUAUUGAAUAUUUUGUUAAGUAUUAUCAUGACAAAACUAUUUAAGAUUGGCAUGUUGAUGAUGUGUUGCAUGGUUUACUUCUUAUUUGAAUACAUUAAAGUGAAAUACAAACAGCAGCACUUUUUUGCUGAGUA